AUGUCAUUAAAAUCACCAAUAACAGCAUCUUCUUCAACAACACAACCCGAACCAGAUUUACAUUCAAAUUUUAAUGAGAAUCUUAUCAAUCUCGUUGUUCAGAAUCAGGCGCUAACAGCCAAGUCUGGUUCUGCGGUGCCCAAUCCAUUACCAAAGCCACCGAGUUUGGUACAAAAGAUUCGCGAUCUAAAGAAUGGCGGUAACGACGAGCUUCUUCCCGGUAUCAAUUCAUCAAACUCCAACAACAACGAUACAGAACAAAACAGUGUGAACAACGAUUAUUCAUCUUCUGCAAACGAUGGCAGUGGACUACUUCUAAAACAAACAACUUCCUCUGAAAACGAUGAAUUCGAAAUAGAUUCCACUACAAUCGCUUCCAAUAAUAAUAUUACCAAUAACAACACCAACAACAACAAUAACAAUAAUAUUCUAAAUUCCAGUUCUUCGGCAACAACCACACCAACAAACACCACUAAACCGACACUGGAAAGUUCAAUUAGUUUACAAUCACUUUCAAAUCUUUCAAAUUCCACUUCGACUUUACCGUCGCCGUCACAGCAAAGUCUUUUUGUAAAUAGCAGUCAUUUCAAGAGUUCACCUAAUCUCUUGGUUAAACAAAACGGAGCAAAUCCAGUUGUUGCAUCACCAACCAACAGCAACAGCAAUAAUUCAUCGUUGAACGAACAGAAACAGGCAUUGAGAAAUCCAAAGAAAUAUAAAUCCAUCUCCACCUGCGAGUUCAAGUUGGAAAGCAAACUGGUCUAUCCACCACUUCCACCCGUUCCACAUAUGAGUCGAUCCGCCAACAAUGCAUCGUACGACAAAGAGUUGUUAAAGUUGCAACUAGAUAAUCUAAAUAACAACAACACCAAUGGCAAUGGUAAUGGCAAUGGAUUGGUCGAUGAGAAUAAUACAGGUAAUGGCAGUGCCAAUGUAUCACCAAACAAAUCAAAAUCAACAACGACUUCAUCAUCAUCGACAGAAUCAGUCAGUAGUCCAGCCAGUCCAGUUUCACCAACAUCGUCAGACGGCAAAAAACUGAGGAGAAGCAGUGUGGAUUCUGCACUAAGAGAUUUCCAACAAUCAUUUAAAUCAUUAGUUGCAGAAGAUGAAACAUUAAUAACAUAUUAUAGUUGUGGAUAUCAAGGAUCAGUUUUGAAACACGGUAGAUUAUACUUGACAGAACACUUUUUAUGUUUCUACGAUAAUAUAGUUUUCGAUAAGACAAAACAAAGACAAAAGAUAAUACCAAUCUCAACAAUCAUUUCAAUCGAGAAGAAAUCUGGUUUGGCACCAAAUGGUAUACUUAUAAAAACUAAUGAAAGAGAUUUUGUUAUCAAUUUGUUAUUAACAUUAUUUAUAGAUGAAGCAUUUGAUGUUAUGGAAGCAUUGAUGUUGUACCAAGAGAAACAACUACUAACUGAGAGUAUCAUUCAGAGAAAUGUUAAUGGAUUGAAACAAGCACUCAGCCAGAGAAAGACUAGAAAAUCCACCAGUACCAAGUCAUCAAAGCGAUCAAGGAGUGCAGACGGCAAUGUUUUCUCUACUCUCAGAACACCAAUAACCUUUGAGGAUCCUCCAAUUGUAAAUGUCAUCAAACAAAACGAUACAGAGAUGUUAAAUUUACUAUUGGAAUAUUAUACUCAAAACAAAUCGGAUGAAAUCAAUCAACCAGAUAAAGAGGGAUAUUCACCACUACAUGUUGCAGCUUCCAGUGAGAUAAGUGACAAUAUGAUGAUACAUAUUUUGAAGCAUCCAACAAUCGAUGUCAAUGUGAAGAAUAUGGAUGGAAAUACACCACUGCAUUAUUUCUGCCAGAAAUUCAGAUCGCCUGAAUGCCAGAAGAUCGUUCAGAUGUUUAUUGAGAAGGGUGCCAAUGUAAAUGAGCAGAAUACAAUGGGUGAGACACCGUUGCACAAGGCCAUCUUCAAUCAUAGUGUUCGUCUGCUGAUGGUGCAUGUACUUCUAAAGAAUGGUGCCAACAUCAACUUGGUCAACAAUGCCGGUGAAUCUGCACUCCACUAUGCCGUCAGAUUGGGUCGUCUCGACGUUCUCAAAACCCUGAUCACCUCUGGUGCCGAUCCAGCUCUUGUUUCCACCAAGCAGAGAAAGACACCACUCAUGUUGGCCGAAGAAAACAAUUGUCCAGAGAUUAGUGAUUUAUUAAAGAGACUGGAAUCUAACUUACUUUGUUAUGGUUGUUUAGUUUUAAUAAAUUCAUUAUCAUCGAGUGGAUUAGGACAAUAUAGAAUGGCAUUGAUUUUAGAGGAAAUUACACAAGAGGGUGCUCUAGCCAGAAUCGAUGAGAAUAUGAUGGCUAGAAUCGGUUGUUACGAUGAGGAUCAGAGAAAACAGCUUUACGGUUUGAAAGGAAAGAAGUUCUUUGGUACGGUUCCAGCUAUUACACCGGGUGCAAUGGAUCUGCUAAAGGAGUUGGAGAAUAUGGAUAUUAAGAAUGGCAAGUGGAUUAUCUCUCAACACGAGCUAGAGUAUACCGAUAAGAUUGGUUCCGGUGUUUCCGGUAAAGUCUACAAGGGUUUGUAUCGUGGUCGUGAAGUUGCCAUUAAAGUACUAAAGUCGGCGGAUGAAGCUCAUAAUCGUGAGGAGUUCCUCAAGGAGUUCCACGUGUUGGCAUCGCUACAGUCCAAUCUUAUCGUUGGCCUGUACGGUGUCGUUCUGGAACCGAGAAUCUGCUUGGUGAUGGACGACGUCUACUCGCUGGGUGUCGUCUUUUGGGAGUUGAUAUUCGCGUUGAUCAACGGACGCUAUCUCCAUCCCUACGGUGAAUACAAGCGAAUGAACGCAUUCCAAAUCAUGUUGUGCACAUCGAAUCAUAACCUUCGUCCUACCAUUCCACUCAACUGUCCAGAGUCUGUGAAAACGCUGGUGACUCGAUGCUGGGAUCAAGAUCUCUUGCUCCGUCCUACCUGUACCGAAGCAAUAGAGAUUCUUGCCGCUUGCGAAGUCGAAUUCACACAGAAUCAAAGUGCAUGGAAUGAAAUACUAACCAUGAAAGAUGAAACCAGUAAACAUCUCUCAAUGGACUCAUCGCUCUCACUCUCUGAUGCUUCAGAUUGA